AUGGGUGAGAAAUACCACGAGCGUAACAUAUGUGGAAAAGCGUUCUUCCAGAGGUCAAACCUCACAGUACACCAGAAAACACACACAGGAGAAAAACCCUAUCAAUGUAAUGAAUGUGAGAAAUCUUUUUACCAUAAGCCAGCCCUCACUGUAUAUCAAAUAAUUCAUACAGGAGAGAGACCCUAUGAAUCUACUAAGUGUGGGAAAACCUAUCAGAAGUCAGCUCUCCAUUGUCAACAUCAAAGAACACACACAGGGGAGAGGCCUUAUAAAUGUAGUGAGUGUGGAAAAUCUUCCUCCCAAAAGUCAGACUUGACUGUGCAUCAGAGGUCUCACACAGGAGAAAGACCUUAUAAAUGUUAUGAGUUUGAGAAAUCCUUCUGUAUAAAGUCAAAACUUACUGUACAUCAGAGAAUACACUCAGGGGAGAAGCCCUACGAAUGUAGUGAAUGUGGGAAGAUGUAUUAUAUGAAGUCAACCCUCAAUAAACAUCAAAGACUUCACACAGGGGAGAAAAUAUAUGAAUGCAGUGAAUGUAGGAAGACCUUCUGUGGGAAGUCAGUUCUCCUUAAACAUCAGAGAGCUCAUACAGGGGAGAAACCUUACGAAUGUGUUGAAUGUAGGAAAACCUUUUCUGAGAAGUCAACCCUCAGUAAACAUCAGAGGAUUCAUACCGGGGAGAAACCCUUUGAAUAUAACAAAUGCAGGAAAGCUUUCUGCCAAAAGUCACAACUCAUUCAACAUCAGAGAAUUCAUACAGGGGAGAGACCCUAUGAAUGUAACGAAUGUGGGAGAACGUUUUGCCAGGCCUCCCUCAAUGUACAUCAGAGAACACACAGGAGAGAAGCCCUAUGA